AGUGUACAGAGCCUUCAACGCUGAGUGAACUUUUCGGCUCGUUUGUCAUUGAUUUUUUGGGCCACCGACUGGAAUCUGGCUUAUCGUCGUAGGACGUGAGUUUCUGUUUGCUUGGCGGUGGCUGUUUCGCUGGGAAACUCUGAUGCAGAAUACUCCAUAGUGCACCAUUGCUCUUACUGUGGAGAGCUUUGGUAGAAGACUUGGUGUGUUGAAGCCCUCGAAUGGUGUCAUUGCUCUGACGUGCGUGACCAUAGUUGGUGUGGAUAUAAAUUUUCUGAAAUUGGAGGAUGGCGGCAGGUAUGUCCUGUUAGGUUCUCGACCUUCUCCGUUGCGAAUUUCUUGGAGGUGGGUGCCAACCCUGAACGGUUGCUAUGAGUUCUCACCUAAGUACCUCAGAGGAUGAGAUUGCAUGGAGGUUUUCGCAAGUGAAAGGUAGUGCUGACGACGAUGUUACCGAAGCUGAUAUCAUCUCUGCUGUCGAGUUUAAUGAGAGUGGUAACCUUCUGGCCACCGGUGAUAAAGGCGGCCGCAUUGUAAUCUUUCAAAGAGACUCAUCUGUACGGAAUACGGCUGACUAUAAUGUCUACUGCACAUUUCAAAGCCAUGAAGCGGAGUUCGAUUACUUGAAGAGUCUUGAGAUUGAAGAAAAAAUCAACCAAAUCCGAUGGUUGCGCCAGCCGAAUCAUGCAAACUUCCUUUUAGCUACAAAUGAUAAAACCGUUAAACUAUGGAAGAUUGUGGAGCGUUCAAAGCGGGCGGUUGGUUUCAACACAGUCACAGACGGUGGUGUAUUACGAGACAGCCAAUCAAUAUCAACCGUCAAGGUGCCGUUCUUCACACCGUCCGACCCAAGUAUCGAAGCCAUUCCAAAGCGUAUAUUUGCUAAUGCCCAUGGCUACCAUAUCAACUCGGUAUCGUUAAAUAGCGACAAUGUCACAUUCAUCUCCGCAGAUGAUCUUCGAAUCAACCUCUGGAAUAUCGACAACAACAUGGAAAGCUUCAAUAUUCUCGAUAUAAAGCCGGCCAACAUGGAAGAACUCACGGAAGUUAUCACCGCCGCAGAAUUCCACCCGAGCCACUCGCACGAGUUCGUCUACAGUAUCAGCAAGGGAUCCAUUCGUAUGUGUGAUAUGCGUGCUUCGGCCCUGUGCGAUUCGCAUGCGAAAGUAUUUGAGGAGCCCAUGGAUCCGUCUAGCAAGUCAUUCUUUUCAGAGAUUAUUGCAUCCAUAUCAGAUGUGCGCUAUAGUCAUGAUGGCCGCUAUUUGCUGAGCCGGGACUACCUCACCAUCAAGGUGUGGGACGUCAAGAUGGAGCGGAAGCCGGUGCACACAUUCCAGGUGCACGACUACCUGCGCUCACAGCUGUGUCCUCUUUACGAGAAUGACUGCAUCUUCGACAAGUUCCAGUGCUGCUGGAGUGGCAACGAUACCCACAUCAUGACUGGCUCGUACAACAACUUCUUCCGUGUGUUCAAUGUGAACACUGGCUUCAAUGAGUGCUUGGAGGCGUCGCGUGAAGCCAUUCACGCUACCGAGCCGCUGCAGCACCGUGCGGUCUCCAACAACGCGUCCAGCAAGCGUAACCGCUCCGAGCUCAGCGUUGAGUCUAUAGAUUUCAACCGGAAAGUACUGCACUCAGCGUGGCAUCCGCGUGAGAAGGUUGUAGCAGUGGCCGCUACCAACAACCUAUUCAUCUUCCAAGGCUGGCCUGGCACGGAAAGUUGUGUUGUUAGAAGGCCAACAAUGGCUCCUGCUAGUCCUAUGGCCUCGUGGAAACGAAAGUUGCGGAACUGGAAGGGUAGCGGAAGUUGAAUGGCUUGAGUUCGGAUUCCUCUGGAGUGUUUCACGAACAGCUAUCCUGUCCUCAAGCCAGACUCGGUGAUUGUCGCGGACGUGAGGAGUACAAUUGAACCUCUCUCUCUAUCUCUCUCUCUCUCUCUCUCUCUCUCUCUCUCUC